UUGUGGCCAGAAACCGGCUAGAAGGUUAAGUGUUGAUAGUGGUUUCUAAGUUUUGAUCAUCACACCAAGCACAUUUUAUACGUUUAUUUUGUCUAAACAUGAGUCAACGUGUAACAAGGAGUGCGGCUGCUGCUGGCGGCAAGAAACCUACAUUGGAACUUCCAAUGGAAGCUAAGAAAGUUUCCAAACCCAAGAAAACUCCAACUGCCAAGGCAACUAAAAAAGCUGAAGAGACCCAGAAGACUGCAGCAAUCCCGGAAAACGGUGAUAAAGCGGCUGAUGACUCAAUUUAUGCAUUCACCGCCAACGACAUCAAAGGUACUCCUGUUUCACUUGAUAAAUACAAGGGUCAUGUUUGCAUUAUUGUAAAUGUUGCCUCAAGAUGUGGGCAUACAAAAAUUAACUAUCAACAACUUGUGGAUCUGUAUGAGAAAUAUGCUGAUGACAAGGGAUUGAAAAUACUAGCAUUCCCAUGUAAUCAGUUUGGAGCUCAGGAACCUGGUACACCAGAGGCAAUUUGCAAGUUUGUGGAAAAAUACAAUGUCAAAUUUGAUAUGUUUGAAAAGAUAAAUGUGAAUGGUCCAAAUGCACAUCCUCUGUACAAAUUUUUGAGCUCUAAACUCCCAGAUCCAAAAGGAAAGGGGGAUAAGAUCAAAUGGAACUUCACUAAAUUCAUUAUUGAUGUCGAUGGCAAACCAGUUGAACGAUUCACGCCUGCCACCAAGCCAAUAACUUUGGUGGAAACUUUGAAUAAGUAUUGGUAAAUUUAGUUAGGUAGUUUUUUCAUCAACUAAAUACUUGAAUAUUUAACGUUUUAUGAUUUGUGACUGUGUGGUUGACAGUGUUAUAUGAUAAAAGGAAAUUUUUAUAAUUUAAUAUAAUAAAAUGUAUCUGCAGAAA